GGUUUUGUGGCCUCUGCUCUGUAAUAAUUCAUCGCACUGACCGAAGUAUCUUGCAGUCUCCAUUCUUGCUCUUUGUCUGCAGAAAAUUAGUGGGUGCAGCUUGAGCGGAUAAUUUGGUGGAAAAUGUCAAUGAAACGCAGGGGCUCCCCCGCAUGGCUGAACGGGCCACAUUAAGCUGCAUUUGGUCCACAAGAAAUGUCCCUUGGUUGUUGUUUUUUAACCCUUGGUAGUCUAGUAAGCUUGGAGCUGCUGCGUCAAAAUGAGCUGGCAGCCGCUGUUAACGUGGUCCAUGACCUUUUGCUUGAGCAGAGCCAGCUCGUCCCGGAGGACGUUGGCAGAGGAAACCAGCUCCGUGUUUUGGUUCUUGAGGUUUUUGACCCGGUCCUCCAGCCGGGAGAUCCUCUCCAGCUUCCUUUUCCGGCAUUUGGAGGCGGCCACCCUGUUCCUCAGGCGCUUCCUCUCCGCUUUGAUGCGCUCCUGGUUCUCCAUGUUGAUGGGGGAGAGCGGCGGGGUGUCGCCGGACAUCUCGGGCACCGUCUGCGGCUCCUCUUUCAGCGCGUGUAGCCGCGAGUGCUGCGCCGCCGCCGCCGCCAGGUGGUCCAUGUUAUUGUGGGACUGCUGCGGGGCGACUUGGUAACCCAAAGGCGGGUGCCUCUCGCUGGCAGGUGUAGACGCAGAGCCCACGGCCCGGCUGAAAGCCCCCAAGUUUGUGUACGCCGGAGGGUCGGUGCGUACCGUGCAGCUGUAGGGAAUCUCGUCGCUUUCGGACGCAGCGGAGCCGGAUCCCAUGCCGUUGUUCGCGUCGGUCUGCGCGUCAGGGUGGACGGCGGGGGGCUGCUGGUGGUAGUGGAGCUCCGCCAGAGCCCUCACAAACCCCUCCGCGAACCCCUCCUGCUCGUCGGUGAUGUUCUUGGGACAGACGAACUGGGUCGGGGUGGGUGUCGUCAGUCCGGUGCAGGACUGAAUGAUUAAUCGCUCCAGUUCAGGCGAGGCCAGCUUCAGCAAGCCGACAUCUGGGGACGUCAGGAUGUCCAGGGCCUUGGCGCUCAGCUGGGGCCUGAAGUUUUUCGGGUCGUUGAGGUUUAGCGUCAUGGUCUGCUUGAGGGUUUUGGGGUUGAACCCAUACACCGUCGGCCCGUCAUGCUGAGAGCUGGAGCCAUUCACGGCUUCAUCGUAAAACGUCGCUUCCAUUUUUCUGGACAUAAAAGUUUUUUUAUCACCUAGAAUGAGGUCAGUUCUCCUUUUUUCUUAUUAAAAAACCCCAAAGACCGACUGUUUACAUGUGCCCCCGUGCCUCCCUAGCUCUCGACUGUCUUCUGGUAGAAUCCGCCUAUUGUUGAAGUUCAACUCACUUGACAACUUCGUGUCCUGAGAAAACUUUUCUCUCCGGUACCGCGCGAUCAUCAACAAAAAACCGUUGUUCCCUCCGUCGCCGAGGCUCGGUGUUCCCACACCUGAAGUAUCCGCUUUGAGUUGAUCCGCCGUCCCGAAACGCAGAAACGGGGUCCGAACGGGGAUAAUACUUUCUAUCACUUCCAACGUGGAGACGAACUUUAUCCACCUCUAAGCUGCAGCUCUACUGAAAAUAACAAUGAUGUCAUUUCUACGGCCUCCGAUUGGCUGGAAAUGAUAUAGUGGGUGGGGUGUCUCUAAUGACAUGCAGGUUGCUCUGACAACUAGCCAUAUCCCCGCCCCCCCGCGAUGGCUUCUGGGAUUAGGUAAUGCAGACGGUGGAGCAAUGUACGCCGGGAUUACGUAGUGUUUUUGAAUAUUUAGUUACCCGCUCAAUUAUUAGUUACCCAUCCUGAAGCGAGGGCUGCUCCAGAUGGUCCGUGGGGUUUAACCUUGAUCAACACACAACAGCGAAUCAGUGUUCCCUCAAUAAGACGUUUGUGUUCAGGAACAUAUAUAAAGUUACACAAGAGAGCACAUUGAAACGAUUACCUCAUUAUCAAAAUGCAGUGACAUGAAAUGCAGUGUCUCGUAUAUUAUAUAUGCUGUUACAGCUUAAAUGUGCUGUACGUUCGCACAGUGAGUGCGAUUGGCUGGUAAUGUUAAGGGUUAACGAUAGAAGAAAGAAAAUUAGGUCACACCUGCAUUUCUGCUUUCUUUUGUUGUGAACGCCACAUUUUAAGAAAAUGGCUCUACUGUACUUGUUUGAGUUGCCGUUCUAACUUCUUGCAGAGAGAGAAUGGAGAUAUGUGCUCUGAGAAACACAAUCAACGUUAGUGGCUGAAUAUUAUAUAAAACAUACAAUAAAUAUGACUGCGGUUUUCAUAGUUCUCAACAUACCGACACAUAGUCUACAGAGAUUUAGACAUAUGACAACAACCAACAUGGGCAGCCACCAUACACUGCAGCAAAUAUGAGUCAAAUUGUUACUGUAGUAUUUAUAUUGGAUUGUGGUAUACUUGCUACUGGAAUUACACAAUUAAUUAAUAUUGAUUUAUAGAGCUAAAUGUUAAGAAUAAUCGAUAUAACAGACAUUAUGAAACUCUUACUCUUCUAAAUUCAUAUUUUAUUGCAGAAUCCAAUAGAUUGUUAAAAUAUCAUAGAAUCAAAGUGGUAAUAGCUCCAACAACCAAUAAUUAUAUGUCAUUUGUGACAUAUAUAUAUAUCUUAACCCGGUCAUUCAUAUAUGUAUGAAUUGAGCCAACACACGGAAGUAACAAUAAUGCACGGAUGAAUUAAAAAGAGGUCACUGCAUUUAUUGUCAUCAAGGUAAAUCGUGAUUUAUACAUCAGCCCUGCUUAUAAUUUGCCCACUUGAUCUUUGCUUGCACACGUAUUUCAGUUGCGGAUAAUGCAGGAAAUAUAUUCAUUACAUUCUGUGGUUGACGCUCAUAAUAUGUGACUGAAGGCUCUGUACAGCUGCAGUCCACUCUGUCUGGCCAUCCCCCCAUUGUAUUAUUCAACAUGUUCUCCUCAAGCCAACUAUAAAUAAGUUAACAGCCCCAGACAGCCUGGGAGAACCAGAGCUGCCUGAGGUCAACACUCUUGAGAUGACAUGUUGUCCUCACAACGCGACGGGUGCAACACCCAUUUGGGAGUAUGUGACACCCUGAAGUAGAAAUCCAGCGUUGGAAUGCUUCAGAAACUUGUGUGUCUAAUACCACAGUGGUAAUGCAGUUAAACAAGACCCCAGUUUCUUUCAUGGUUCCUCCUCUCCUAACACAAUAGAGCAACUUCUACAGAAACAAUAACUUUCUGAGCCACUUAACUCUCUCUGUGUCUCUCUUUGAACACCUGUGUUAGGCCCCACUGAGGAGUUGCCUAUUUUCCUAUCAAACUACCGCUGUGUCCCGGGUGUGCUUCCUGUUUCUCUAGAAGCUUUUCCCCUCUGCUGGCCUGAUGGGUUCGCUUUUUAGAUAACAGCGCUUUCCUCCUGCCUGCCCGGGCCAGCUGUUUCCACUGCAUGCAGUUUUUAUAAUCAGGAGCUGGUCCUGCCCCGUCUCCCAAAAUGCCGGCUUUUGUUGUGCAGAGGAGGGACAGUCCAGGGUCCAUGGAAACACUCACCCCCUUUCAUGAGAGAAAAACAUAGAGAAAGACUAUAUAUGCAUGUGUUGAUGUAUCAACAGAGCAAAGUUUUGAUUACAGCAGGCGUGGACCAGAGGGACACACGCACGCACACACACACACAGGCACACACACACACCAAGCAGUGAGUGAGACAGAUGAGAUUUCAAACACUGUCCAUGCAGUGUUUGUUGAAGCACAUCUGUUUCUUCCUGUCCUGCUGCUUGGUUUUUCUCUGUACUUCAUCUCCGCUCAUGGUUCCUGGUCCAAACACACUGAUCACAGCCAGCACCGCUUCUUUGAGACAGCUGUUGAUCUCCUCUAAGAAAAGAACCCAAUAGAGGGAAGUGACCAGGCUAGUUGCAGACUAGAAAGUUUCACAAAUAAAGUCUUUGUGUUUUUGAUGGCAGGUUUUGUGACAUUUUGCCGCCCUAACGCUAACAGAUUAUUAUCUGUUACAGUAAAUCAUGUCCUUCAGUUUACCUAUGUGUGGUUAGUAAGUUAUGUACACUGUCUUUACUCAUAGUUUUUCAUAGACCGUUUUUACAGGAGACAUUUUGAGUUUAAAAAAAGCACAAGUGUACUUAACAACAUUGCACAAUGCACACCAUUUAGUUUUGCUUGUUCCAGAGCCCUUGCAUUGUGCAUACUCAACACGUUUCCAUCCCAACUCAUAUAUUGACGCUUUGUCAGAACCCUCAGCGUCACUUUCUGAGGCACUUAGGGGCAUGACAUAAAUCAAAAUACGAUGCUCCACUAUGUUAGCUUUAAACACGUGGUUAAAGUUGUGAAUUAAGACAACUAAACCACUUAGUUAGCUUGAGGAAAAACACCACAGUUGGGCUUAAAACAACUACGUAAACUUAGGUUAAGGCAACAAAACCAUUUAGUUCGGUAAGUACGUAAAGCUUGGACAAUGUAACGUACGGAAAACAUCACUGACGCAACUUACAAAUAACUCCAACACCGGCCUCCUGGUUGAUUGUCCUUUUGGUUUGACCCAUCCACCUCCACAUCCUCCCUGUGUGUGUUUUUUUUUGGGGGGGUCUUUUUACUACAUCAUUACACUACGGGAGCACUUUCUUUGGUUGUCUAAUAAUGAUGUGGAUGGGUUGAAAUUGUGUGAAAGGCCGGUACAUUUUAUAAAGAAGACAAGAAGUGCCUUCAAUCAAUUUGUUUACUUUGUUUACACAGACAAGAUACGGAAUAAAACAAACCUUUUUUUGUUUGUCAGUUUGCGGAAAUAUGGUUGAACACAGUAUUAUUUAGGACUAUGCAUCAUAAGAAAAUAAUAGACACUAAAAUAAAACAUUCUUAAACCUAGAUUUUUGCACAAUUACGUUUGAUAAAGGAAAUGUUUGCCAUUCAGUUAUUGAGAAUUGUUAUUGCAGUCAGAUUGGACUACUUUAACUCAAUUGAAUAUGUUUUCGGUGUCAUAUUAUUCGACAUAUUGCAUUCCCUUAUCCCACAGUCAGUACUAUGUUUGGAAGAUUUAGACAAUUUUUGAGUUACAAUGAUUUUUCCAUGACGCAAUAGUCUUCUAAACAUCUGGAUCCUCCAAACAUAAGAUGAUAACGAGGGAGAAACAGAGAGGGAGGACUCUAGUAACACAUGGCGCUUACUUGACUUCCUUUGGACUUUACACCGCUCAGCAUGAGAGGGGAAAAAAAAAAAUCGACUUUGCCCUUUUUGUCCGGUUUCGCGUUCCGUAGCAGCCACCGUCUACACAGCACAAAGUACGUUUAACAGAAACUCAAAAUUGAUAUUUUGUGCGCUGAUAUAAGAUUUUGAUCAGCUGCUGGUCUCAUCAUGGCUGAGGUUUACUAUGUUGGGGUGGACGUGGGCACCGCCAGUGUGAGGGCUGCACUGGUGACCAGGGCUGGCCUGCUGAAGAGCACUGCAGAGGAGCCCAUCAGCAUCUGGGAGCCCCAGUCUGACCACUAUGUGCAGUCCUCCACUGAGAUCUGGGAGAAGUGCUGCACAGUGGUCAAGAGAGUUACCCAAAGUGUGGAGAAGAGUCAGGUACGAGGGAUCGGCUUUGAUGCCACCUGCUCACUCGUGGUUUUGGACCAAAGCUUCCAGCCUGUGCCAGUCAGUCAGGAUGGUGACAAACAAAGGAACAUGGUGAUGUGGAUGGACCAUCGUGCUGAAGAGCAGGCCGCUCGUAUAACCAACACCGGUCACAGGGUCCUGAGCAGGGUGGGAGGGGUCAUGUCACCAGAGUUGCAACCCCCUAAGCUGCUCUGGCUCAAAGAGAAUCUAAGAGAAAGCUGCUGGAACAAAGCUGCUCACUUUUUCGACCUUCCAGACUUCCUGUCGUGGAAGGCAACGGGCUCUUUGACUCGGUCUUUAUGUACUCUGGUGUGUAAAUGGACUUAUUGCCCUCCAGAUGGAUGGGAUGCUGGUUUUUGGACCAACAUUGGACUCGAGGAUCUCCUGGAAAACAACUUUUCCAAAAUAGGCAGCGCGACUUGUUCUCCAGGGAGCCCGUUGGGAGACGGCCUCACCCGGGAGGCAGCAGCAGAGUUGAAUUUGGAGCCAGGAACUGCAGUCGGGGCUUCUCUCAUUGAUGCUCAUGCUGGAGGCCUUGGUGUGAUAGGUGCAGAUAUAAAAGGCUUUCAGUUGCCCUGUGAGGACCAGCCGAUCACCUCGCGCAUGGCGUUGAUCUGUGGAACAUCAACCUGUCACAUGGCGAUCAGCAAGCAGCCUCUGUUUGUGCCAGGAGUGUGGGGACCCUGCCUGUCUGCCAUGGUGCCUGGCAUGUGGCUCAACGAGGGAGGACAGAGUGCUACAGGAAGGCUGAUCGACCACAUGGUGAAGGGCCACGCCGCCUCCACCCAGCUCCAGGAACAGGCACGGCAGAGUGGCAAGAACAUCUACAGCUACCUGAACACCCACCUGAGUUCAAUGGCUCCCUCCGGUUCUACCGUUGACCGGCUGGGCUCCAGUCUUCACCUGUGGCCGGACUUCCACGGGAACAGGUCGCCCCUGGCUGACCCCACCUUGAAGGGCUCGGUGAUCGGACUGCCACUCUCCCAAACCUUGGACGACUUGGCCCUGCUCUAUUUGGCCACUGUACAGGCCCUCGCUCUUGGGACUCUCCAUAUUCUGGAGGCCAUGAAAGAAGCAGGUCAUGACAUCAGAAUCCUCUUCAUGUGUGGCGGGUUGAGCAAAAACGACCUGUUUGUCCAGAUUCACGCUAACGCUACAGGAUUGCCUGUGGUGCUGCCAGACCAGAUGGAGGCUGUGUUGAUAGGAGCAGCAGUCCUGGGUGCAUGUGCAUCACAGGACUACAGCACUGUACAGGAGGCAAUGGAGAGAAUGGCUAAAGUGGGGAAAGUUGUUCAGCCUGACUUUGAGCUCCAGAGCUUCUAUGAGAGAAAGUACAAAGUGUUCCUGCGACUGUUCGCCCACCAGAGGGAGUACCAGGCCCUCAUGAAUCAGAGAUGACAUCACUGGUGGGAGGCGGCCGAGCUGGAACUGACUCUCUCUUUCGUCACAGUGAUGACAAAUCCGCACACUGGCGACGAGAACACCAGUCUUGACCUUGCUGCUUUUCCUGAUAUGAACAGCCCCGGACAACAGCUCUCUGAAUAUCUGUCGGGAGGUUCACUCGGGUCUCAUUAUGUGAGCUUAGACUCCACUAAUGCAGGAUUUCAAACCACUUGGCAGAUGACAGUAGAGAAAGACCUCUGUGGAGACGAGCUGUUGGAGCUUUGUAAUGGCUGUCUGCCUUUUAGAUCCACUGCUGCAGUUCUACCCAAAAUGAAGAGGAGUGAAUGUGGCGACAUCAACAGAUAUGAUGACUCGCACCUCGGCUCUCUCCUCAAAUAAACGCCGUCAAGUACUGUCACCUUCACAUGUGUUCUUAAUAAAUAAUUUAAAUGAUAAGUCUGUGCUCAUGCCUUUCACCAGUCACUCCAACCUAAUGUGUUUUGAUAUAUAAUUCAUUUUUAAUCAGCUUGUCCCUUGUCCUAACUGUAUUUUAUCCUAUUUCCUAAAAUGAAACAGUGAAAUGUCUACAUCGACGACUCAACCAUUGGAGUAUAGAUACAAGACUUUUAGUGAAAUUUGAAUAUGACCCGGUAGAACCAAUGCAAGCUACAGUAAUAAUGUAUGUUGAAAGGAGGCAACUGUACAUGUGAAACUGUUUUUAUUGAAGUACACGUCAGAUAAAAUGAAUACAUAGGCAUAGCAUUGUUUGCCCUCAUUACGUAAUCCUUUGUGUAACACCACAAACUACUUCCUCUUGCGUUGGUCCAAAAAAUCAUAUCACUGUUGCAAAGUAGAAGCUUCUCUGCCAUAUUGUUUGUAAUAUAUAUGUUCCCAUCUCAUCCCUAUCUUUCCAAAAAUAAUCCCCCUUUUGAAAAGUAGGCUGAACAUUACAUCUUUUAUUAUUGGAGUUGUAGUAGAUGCUGUAAAACCUCCAAUUUAGAAAAGUCCUACAUACAUUCCUGAAGACAUUGGUUGUUGUUCCCUGUUAUACCUGCUGACUGGUUUAUUUACCUGGUAGGGACAAAAACUAGCAGAAGGUCCAAGAACGAGAGCUGCUGGAUUGCGUGCAACACAAGAGAGUGUUGAAUGUCGGUGUUGUCCCUGCCCGUGACUAUUGCUGAGGUGUGUAGCGCAGGUACUUCUUGCCAGAGGGCAGGUCUUUGGAGUAGACGCCAGCUGGGAACGAAGAGGCGGCCUCCUCCUCAGACAUGCUGGGAGGGACCAUCACACAGUCUCCAGGCUGGAGGAGAAAGAAACCAGGUUAUUCUUGCAUGGCAGCAGGUCAAUUCCUGUUUCUAUUAUCUUUGUGGUCGGCUGCUGAAAUGAUUGGUAUAAACUGAGGUAACUUUCAAAGGUGUGACGUACCCUCCAGUCGGCAGGUGUGGCCAGUCGUGUCCCUGCUGUCAACUGGAGUGAGUCCACCACUCGCAAAAUCUCAUCAAAGUUGCGUCCAGUGGUGGCCGGGUAGAGGAGUGACAGUUUUAGCUUUUUGUCAGGGCCGAUGAUAAACACCUACGCAAACGAAGACAGAGAGAUGGAGCCUGACUUGGUUACUAUUUAUUCUAUGUGCAUGAGAGUAGAUACUAUAUUUAGUUUAAAUGCUUCCUUUUAAGCAGGGAAGUUGGAUUUUGAUUGUGAAGACUCUUACACAGCGGGCAGUGAGUGGCAGGCCGUCUUUGUCCUUCUCAUCUGGGUCCAGCAUGCCCAGGGCCACUGCCAGCUCCCGUUUACUGUCCGCUAUGAUGGGAUAGGGCAGCGAGCAGCAAGCAGACUCGUCACAGUUGUAUGCCAGGAUGUCCUGGUCAGUACAGAGACACACAAGCCCGUAGUUAUUUAUAGCUGCACCGAUGGAGCUCCGUUGUUUUAUAAAAACAUGUGAUAUUUAUGAUCAAAAUAAAAACUAAAGGAAACCAAUGUAGUGCAGCACGGACAAGUAAAGAUAGAAUUGUGUUUUCGGGUUGUCCAUUCAUUCUCGUGAACGCAAUAUCUCAGGGACACCUUGAGCGAUUUUCUUCAAAUUUGGCACAAACAUCCACUUGGACUCAAGGAUGAACACAUUUUGAUUUAGUGGUGAAAGAUGUGACAGAUUUUUUGGCCAUAAUAUAAGAAUUCCUUUUCCUCAUAGGGACAAUUUCACACAAAUGUCUUAAUAGCAUAAAAUGAUGAAGUGAUGACAUUUUGGACUGACAUAGAUGUCAACUGCAAGUUGCAGUCUAGACUAAAUACAUUCAAACUGCUGUCAUAAAUACAUUUGACCAUAGCAUGUUAUCCAAUUUCCCACUGAAUCGGUGAAGUAAUCCAGUUUUAUAGGUGUUAUGUCAAUAAAAAAUCCUGGGAAAUUGUAAUAUUUCCCCUCAGUUUUAUAGAUCUAGGUCUAAGUUAUAUAUAUAUAGUUUCAACCAUAUUGGCAUGAUUUGUAUUGAUAUGUAUUUCAGUGUGUAGUUAGGACCUGCGACACAAUAUAGUAUUAGUAGUCAUCAAAUCCAUUGUUAAAAGGGUUAUGUGUAACCUGUCUAACUCCUGACCUGCAAAGAACUAUGAUUACCGGAUUGCUCACCGUAAAGACAGAGCUAACUACAUAACAGUUUUACCAGCGGGGAAGUCCAAACUUUGAUGCUCAGUACGCCAUAAACAUCCUUCUAUACGUGUUGAUGCUGUAGCUAUCACACCUUGGUCCAGCCGUGAUGAUCCUCCAGGCAGUCGAUGGACAGGGCAAUCAUUUUGACGUUGCGUUUACUGAACUCACUGCUCAGUCUGGCAGCUCGACCCAGCUCUGUGGUGCACACCGGGGUGUAAUCUCUGGGGUGGGAGAACAGGAUUCCCCAUCUGGAAUUAAAAAGAGCAAUCAGUGAGGGCCGUGUCAGGUACAUUUAACGGUCUGUGCUUCUGUAAUGAGCAGAUGCAAGCUGAGGUUUCACUGAGGUUUCCAUCGCACGCAGUUUCCUCUCAUCAGACAGAAAUCUCUAAUAUUGUAGUUACACAAUCAGAUGAACAUGCAUCUGACACCAAACUGACAGGAUGUGACCUCUUUGUGACAGAAGAGGCUUUUUUUCUUGAAGUCAGCGAUGUAGUUUUGCACCAUCGAGGGGUUUAAGCUUUGAACUCUGGCUUAUUUAAGCUUUUCAGUUGGAAACUUCACUAUCUGAUCAACAGCCCUAUGAUCUGGUCAUAAACCGCUGUACAUCUGAAGGUUACCAGAGAUUCAUGUGUCCACCACAUUAUAGAACAUUAUUUUUAAUGGCAUGUGCACCUGUAGGCUACAAUACCACCUUUAAAGGUCUUGAUGCUAUCAUAAGCAAAUGUCUAAAGCAGAAGUCAGUAGCAGUAACAGGAACUGGGCGCAAGCUCUCUCCCUCUCUCGUGUAAGCUGCAAACUCUGUAAGCCUAUAAAUAAGGAUAUCAAUAUUCAAGAAGCCUACUUACGAAUCACCGAGAAAUUCGUGCAUUUUGAUUUUGCCAUUGGUGGUCUCCACCUCGAAAUUUGGAAGUACAUCUCCGAGCAGCAGUCCCGGCAUAUUCAGUGUGACCGUGGAGGUGUUCCGCCAGCAACAGCUCUGAUGACAGACGCUUAAUACAAAGGAGGCGGAAGCUCCCCUCUCAACAGGCUACUCUAUUUACAUAUGCAUCCACUAUGAACUGCACAGGACUGCAUAAAAUGACUGACUGACUUAUAGAAAGCGCUCCGGUCGCGUUUUGAUUGAUUGGCACAGUUGUCUCCAUGUUUCCAAAUGACCAAUUUACGCACGCGUAUGGCCCGUUUUGUAGCAAGGAUUUAAAGUGCUGCACUGAAACACUUAUCCACGAAAAUAUGUUUUAAAAUAUAUGCUCUCGUAAAAUCGACAUUUAAGGAAAAAACAUACAUUUAAAACUCCAUGCUAAUUACAUGUUAAUAGGAAUGAUAAUGUAGCUACGUGACCAGAGCAGUCCAGUUUUGGUGUUAACCUCUACAUCCGGAAUUUACAGGAUGUUUUGCGUCGGAGUGCAGCAGUAUUAAUGUGUUUAUUGGUCACAGGUGGUCGAUAAAGAAGGAUGGAUAU